GAGAAAUUUAAUACAAAUAGAAACAUAUCAACUGAUUUAGCAGAAACACAAAACAAAGAAAUACAAUUAGAUUCUUUGGCGAAAGAUCGAAUGACUAGAUUAAUGAAAUGGAAAGCCGAACGAGAAAAGCGGAAGAAGAUUGAACAAAGUAAGAAAAAACCAGCUUUUAUUGUGGGAACAGUGCAUCACAAAAUAUAUUCGCCACCUAAAGAAGAUACAAGUAUAAAAAUGGUUAAAAAGUCUGAACCAGUUCCAAAAAGAAUUACAAAAUUGACAGAAAAGAGAUUAAUAAAUAAAGCACUUGCAAAGAAAACAAAUGCAAAAACUAUAAUUAAAAAUCCGAACAGUAUAACAAAAGUGCAACAGACACAAAAGAUAGAUGAACCAUCUUCCAUUCCUAAAAUUGCCACAGAAUUACCAUGUAAACCCAUAUUUGGCAGAGUAGUUUUGCAAAAUAUGUCACCUGCUAAAAUGAAUGCAAUUUCAAGAAAAUCAA